AUGUCCAAUUUCACGAGCCAAGGAGUGAUUGCUGGAAGUUUCCAAAUCAACGGCGUCAGUUAUUAUGAGAUAUUCGAUGUUGAGUUAGGAUAUCUGUUUGCGAAUUUUGAGGACACGGAUUUGAUGGUGAGAUAUUUGAAAAAUUUGGAAGAGAUCGAGAUUCGAGCCAGACAACUGACAAUUUCAGAAAUUUUAUGUUUUUUGAAAACUUUAGCUUUCAAAAUUUGCUAAAAUUUAAUAAAAAUAAACCUCGAAAAUCAAUAAAUAUUUUCCACAGGUAUCCACCGAAACGUGGGUCAAAUAUGAGGUUAUCAAAGUUCGAAACGGAAUCAGAAACAUGCAAUAUCAAGCAAAGAAAGUCGAAUAUAUGGAAGAAAAUCGAAAUUCAUCGAGCCCGGCCACAAAUGUUUUCCGCAAUGACAACAAGCACAAUUUCAAUGUUCGAGAAUCGAUCAAUUAUUUUCAAUUCGACACCAAUGGAAAUUAUUUGACGUUUAAAGGAUGGGUCAAAUAUUUCGAGGGAGCAGGACAACGAAAAACCGGUUAUUAUCAUGAAUAUUAUGGAUUUAUUGAAGUGGCUGGGGAUGAAUUACGAAAAUUGAGAGAAUUCAAAAUUAAUGAUUUAGAGGUUGAUUGAUUUUAUAUAAAAAGAGAAAAGCAGUUUUUUAAACAAAAAUGUAAUUUUCCAGGUGAAAAUGAAGCUGAAACCAUACGCAGAAUAUAUGCGAAAUCGCGGCCAAAGCCCAUGGAUUGUUAUCCAUUAUAUGAACAAAGGAGAAAGCCAUGGAUUGGGAGGAUUUGUGAGUUUUCGGGAAAAUUAGGGGAAUUCUGAAAUGAAAGCAAAAAAAAAUCUGAAUUUCAGUUUUUAGAGGUCAAAAAUUGAAAAAUUCAAAAUUUUCAUAUUGUAAAAAAUUAGCGUACAAUUUUUUUUAUUUUGGAAGCCACGAUUUUGGCCGAGGAAAAGAUUUCCCUAGUAAAAAUUCGAAAAAAUCUUGCACUUCUCACUUGAGAGCUAAUUUUUUCCAGUUAAGCGUUUCCGGCCUCAAUCGUCGUGGUCCCGGCGGUCGCCCACUCCCAAAGGAUCAAGUCCUCAUCCCGCCCGAUUCUCUGCGACCAAUGCAUGAAGUGAGAAAUUCGAGCCAGCCUUCGUCAUCGAAUAAUUGGUGAGUUUUCUCCAAAAAUUUCCAAGAUUUGUUUGCGAAUCUGAUAUUUUCAGGCAAUCAAACAACAACAACUCCGCCAAAAAUCAAGGUCAAAAUGUUGGAUUUGGUGCAAUAUUCGGCAAAAACUUCUGA